CCCCACUCGAUCAGCAGCCGCGUUGAGCCGGAGAAGGAAUGGAAGCGGCGGAGGUGGCGGCGGUGGUCGGGAAGGUGGCGGAGCGCCUGGACGCGGAGGACUACGACGACCACGAGGGCAUCACGGAGGAGUCCGUCGCUGAGGUCAUGAGCUGGCUCGAGCUCGAGAUCAACCUCGCCGCCGGGGCCGCCGUACUCGCUCUGCCGCCGCUGGCGGCGGCAGGUGGGUGCGUGACGGUGAGCGGGAACAAGGAGAGCUGCGGGUCGUCGCUCUCGAGGCCGGCGUCGACGGUGAUGGCCACGGUGGACGGGCGGGCGGGCGCGCCGGCUCCACCGGCGGUGCCGUGGCCGUUUCCGGAGGCGGCGGCGGUUGUUGGUGAUAAGAUAAGGCCGAAGUAUCUGGGUUCUGUAUAA